AGCAUCACUGUGGCUCGCACCGCCGCGGCGCUCCCACCGCUCUCCCGCCGGCGUCGGGACGUCGAGUCGCCGCCGCGACCCGCCGGCUGCUACACAAUGCUCGCACGAUGCGCGCUACCCAAGUGAAGUGCCUGUUGUAGUGUGGUGUUCUCUCUGGGAUCUGUUCAGUGACUAAAUCUCGACUUCAAAAGAAAGUUUUGAAGUUGCGCGGGAAAAGUUUCACCUGGCAGCACUAGCGCCAAGACCGGGUCGGCAGGCAGCCGGCGCUGCACACUGCACAGAGAGCGAUGCCAGCGCGCCGCCACUACUCCACUCCAGGCGAGCGCGCGGCCUGAACGCAGGAUGCGGGCGACAUGAGCCGCAACGGGUCGGCCGAGGGCUGCGACUCCGACGUGGGCGUGGAGCCCGGCGACCAGCUGUUCCGCUUCGUGGUGCAUGGCGUGCUGCUCAACGGCAUCGGCGCCGCCGGCCUGCUGGGCAACGCGCUGUCCGUGCUCGUGCUGUCGCGCCCGCAGAUGCGGUCCUCCGUCAACUGCCUGCUGGUGGGGCUGGCGGCCUGCGACACCGUGCUCAUCCUCACCUCCGUGCUGCUGUUCGGGCUCACCGCCGUGUUCCCGUACACGGGCCACAUGCGCUACUACUACUACCACGUGUGCCCGCACAUCACGCCCUACGCGUACCCCAUCGCCAACGCCGCGCAGACCAUGUCGGUGUACCUCACGCUGAUCGUGACCAUCGAGCGGUGGGUGGCGGUGUGUCACCCGUUCCGAGCCAAAGCGCUGUGCACAUCGUCGCGCGCGCGCUGGUACGUCUUGGGUACGGCCGCUUUCGCACUCGCCUACAACGCUCCCAAGUUCUUCGAAGCAGAGGUAAUCCAGCGCUCCGUGGACGGCGAGCUGGUGUACUGCGUCACGGCAGACCUGGAGUUCCGCACGGAGUCCUACAUCGUGGUCUACAUCCACUCCCUGUACAUGAUCGUGAUGUACAUCGUGCCGUUCUCGGCGCUGGCGGCGCUCAACGCCUGCAUCGUGCGGCAGGUGCGGCGCGCGCAGGCUGAGCGCGCGCGACUCUCGCGGGUGCAGCGCCGCGAGCUGGGCCUGGCGACCAUGCUGCUGGUGGUCGUACUAGUGUUUUUCCUCUGUAACCUUCUGCCGCUCGUCACCAACUCGUUCGAGGUGUUUAUGGGCGACCAGUUCGACAAGCUGGACCCGCUCGUCAAGACCAGUAACCUGCUGGUCACCAUCAACAGCAGCGUCAACUUCGUCAUCUACGUCAUAUUCGGCGAGAAGUUCAAGCGCGUGUUCCUCAAGAUGUUCUGCGCGGGCGGGCUGCGGCGGCGGGCCGGCACGCGCGACUCGCCCGAGCACACGCGCGACGACUCGUUCGCGUCGUGCGGCGAGCGCGUGUCGCUGCGGCUGGCGCGCAACGGCACGCUGCGGCGCUCGGAGCGCAGCUCGCGGGGCGCGGGCCGCGCGCGCCGGGCGCCCUCGCCGGCGCCCACCGUGUACUACCCGGCGCCCGUCACGGAGCUGUCCAGCGCCUCGGACGCGCGCUGGAGCGGCUCCGGCCGCGCGCACUUCUAACACCGCCGCCCGGCGCCUGUCCUAGUGGCUAGUGGUCUCACGGUGUUAUGCGUGUUUCUAAAGAAAUUGUACAUUCGUGUAAAUAUACCAGACACCCUAGUUGUACAAUGUGAAUGAUAAUUAAGGUUUGUAAAUAUUUAGUGACUAUUGUUAUCGAAUACUUAGUACGAGGUAGGGAUGCGACUGUCCUAGGUCCGCUGGGGGCAGCUCCUGCACCCGCCACUGUGUAAAUAAAAGGUCAUUUGAUGUC